AUGCACCCACGUGCGUCUUUUGGUGCGGGCAGGGCGUUGGGAAGUCGCUGUGACCCAAUGGGUGCGGGGGUGUCCGUGACUGCUGUGCUGAGGGCGGGGACGAGCGCGCUCGCUGCGGCGUUCCACGCAGACGGGACUCUCCUGUGUUUUACUAUUAUUCAUUUUAGCUGCGGGGGAAUGGCCGGGCCCUACGAGUGGGCGGCAAAACUGCCCAGCCGUGUCCUUUUUGUUCAGCUUGUUGGUGCGGAGGUCGCGCGCAGGGUGAGUUGUGGAGGCUCGCCCGACGCGAUCCUCCCCGCCCCACGCGGGAGGCGAGCGAAAGGCGCACUCGGCACCUUCUUUUCGUCAGCCAUGAAUGAUCGUGGGAGUGGGGAGUCACGCUGGACUCGCCGUGGGCCACGGAAUGCAUCCGUCGCGGCAAUGGCAACAACAUGGCGAGGGUGCGAGGUGUUUGUGUUUUUUUUUUUUUUGAUCUUGUGCUGGAGGAAAUUAAGUCGCAGACUUUUCUUUGCUUUUCUCUCCUGUGCCCUUUUCUCACUCCGUGUGCGUGCCACUGCGUAG